AUGGCGUCGGCCGUAGUAAUGAGAGGCAUUCGUGGUUUAGAUGACGAUGACGAUGACGAACUUGAUCGUUCAUCGCCACUUCUUCGAACUCAGCGUUUUCACAAAACGGAUACAUUCGGCUCGAAAGAUUUGAAAUCAACUUUAGCAAGACCGAAGCCUGGUAAUAUGUCCAAUUUGAAUCUCGAUCUGGGUGGUAUUUAUCACGAUGAGAGGAACUCAAACGAUUCUGAUGAAGAAUUAGACACGAAAACUGGCCGAAGUACGUCGAGCGGUACAUCGACUCAGCGUACACCAAAGCCAAUGGAACGUUCGUUUCUAAAAACAAAAGAUGGAGACAGACCAAAAGUAGCACAACGACAUAUCGAUAUUAACGAUGAUGAUCGGGAUGCGUUCGGGCAUGCAACAAUGAAGCCAAGUCCACGACCACGAAAUAUAACAACAAUGCGAGAAGAUGAAGAAAAUAAUCGGAAAUUUGCCGACGGCUUCUCCAACGAACAGAGACGAAAGUCACCGACGGACAUGUUUAACUCGAAUCCAAGUUCGGACUUACGAAGAAAUAGUCGAAAAUUUUCAAUAGAUCGUGACGAUGAUGUUGACGAGAGAAAACAUCGUGAUAGCGACGAUGAAUCGACGUCAUCGAAACACAGAAAACCAAGUAGCUUCAUUAAAUCUCGACAUUCAUCUACAACCAACGAUAAACCACAAUCACGAAAAAACAGCACAAAAAGUAGAGAUGAUUCAGAUCGAAGUGAUGAUGAUGAUCACGAUGAAAGAAGUCAUUCCGAUCGUCAGAUUUUGAAAAAUCAUCGACCGUCCACUCAUGAAUUAGAACAGACCGUACCGAAAGAUAUCGAAGCAACGACUAAUCAAUUGCCGUCGAGUCGACCAGGUUCAGCGAGUAAAAAAGAAGUCGAGUCCGGUCGUCGUUCAUCAUAUUGCGAAGAGCAAGAAACUGUGAUCCCUCCUGUAGUUCACCAGCAGUCUCAAUCUCGACCAUCAUCAGCCAAAUCGAAUACAACACGUCAGCAAACUCAAUCAGCGAUUGAUAAUGUUACAUCGGCAAAUAUGCCACAUACACUCGAUCCUCUGACAUCAAACAAUGAAGCGCUUGCAGCUGCACUUCAGCCAACAUUACCACCAACACCACUUCCCCGCCCAUCGGCACAAUUACCACCACGACCUAGACCAAAUCCGAACUCCACAACGACAGGCAGUAUUCAUAAAAAACAACAAUUCAAAAUUCCUCCUCGUUAUAAAGAAAUAACAUCACGUGUUGAUACAGGUCGAACGCCGACAUCGGCUAUCAAUUUAACUGCAUCGAUUCAACGCGCUCUGCAAAAGGAAUUGAAAUCACAAACGUUACCACGACCGCAAAGUGCGCGCACGCGUGCCCAUUCGGCAACGAACAAAAGUAAUGACACGACACGGCAACGCCGUCGUUCCACAUCAGGAUAUGAAAAUGUCAAACCACGUGUUAAUACGAAUCUUUCGAUAAACUUUGAUGAACUCAAUACCAGUCAAAUGCGUGCAGAAUCGAGUCAAUCAAUAAAGGAUGGCGUCUAUCUCGAAUGGUUGAAAACCAAGGAGGAACAGCGACUUCAAGACAAAGAACUAACAAAACGUUGGGAAGAAGACAAAGCCAAACGUGUUGAUAAAUCGCAAAUUCAACGUCGUAUAGAACAAAAUAUGAGAAAUCUCGAUCAAUGGCGACAGGAAAAAGAGGAACAGAUACGAAAGAAGAAACAGGAAGAAAUAGCGUUAAAACGUGAACAUGAAGAAAAACGUCGGCAGCAAGAAUUGCAGAAGAAAAAGGAUGCUAAAGAUGGUUUCGAGAAUUGGAAACAGAAGAAAGAUGAACAAAGUCAUGAUAAAAUCGACCAAGAACAGAAUAAAAAAGCUGCAAUCGAAAAACGACAAGAAGAAAAACAAAAGCAAGUGAUAGAAGCGGAGAAAGCUUAUGACAGAUGGAACGAAAAGAAAAUGCAACAAAUCAAAAGAGCAGAAGAAGCUAAGAAAGCCAAUCGCGAAGAACAAUUGAAAAAACUUAAUGAAACUAAAGAAACCAAAUUUGUUAGCGCUCAAGAUGCGUACGAAAAAUGGUUGCAAGACAAAGAGAAAGCUGAAAUCGAAGGUAAACUCGGUACACAGCGACGAAAUUCUCUUUCCGGCAAACCACAGAUGCCAUUCUUACCAGGAGGUGGGCAAAGAAAUACAGGCAAAGUUCAACACGUGGUUUGGUAG